CGAGAGAUCAGAACCCACAAGUAGAAUAACCCAUUCUUCCUCAAGGUCUAAAGCUUCUCAAAUCUUCUCUCUACGCACGUCAAAACCAAUCGCGAGAUUAUAUUCAUCUUAGUUUCUUGCAUCUCCGAUACAUCUUUGUUGCUAUUGAUUUGAUUUUUCGAUUUUUCAAUUUCCGUCGAAGACAAUUUUCCGAUCGAUGAACUUGUCAAAGCGCCUGGCUCUGUUAGGGGCCCAAUCCGCGCUUUCCAUCGCUAAACCUCGAGGUCUCGGCUCCUCUUACGGCUUGAUUGAUCGUCGUCCGUUUCAGUAUCGCCAAAUUUCGGAGCUUACUAAAGCUAAUGGGAAGCGUGCAUUUCUCGUCGAUACAUUGGCUCUGGUGAGGAGUCUCGAAGCUCAAGGUGUUCCAUCCAAACAAGCUGAGGCGAUUACUUCUGCCAUCACCGAGGUGUUGAAUGAUAGCUUGGAAAAUGUCUCUGAGUCUUUUGUUUCGAAGGCAGAAAUGCAGAAGAUUGAAAUGCUUCAAGACUCUAAUCUGUCAAAGUUUAAAUCUGAAGUAAAAAGUUCUCAGGAGCAUCAUUUUACUGUUUUGCAACGCGAGACAGAAAAAUUACGAGGUGAUAUAGAGAAGAUGAGAAGCGAGCUAAGGUAUGAAAUUGACAAGGUAACAGCUGGACAACGCUUGGAUCUAAAUCUUGAAAGAGGUCGAAUACGUGAUGAGCUAGCUAAUCAAAAUUCCGAAACAACAAACCUCACAAACAAGCUUGAUAGGGAAAUCCAUGCCUUGAGAGCUCAAUUAGAAGCUGCAAAAUACGAAGUCAUCAAAUACUGCAUUGGUACACUUGUCUCGAUUUCAGCAGUUGGACUCGCUGUUCUUCGCAUCAUGAUGUAAAGACCUAUGUGCUUAAACCAGAUUGGUAGAUUCUCAUUCUUCUUAAAACCCAAUAUGUCAUUUUUUUUUUUCAUUUCUGGUGAUCAGAAAAUGAGAAAAAAAACAAAAAAAAACCAAUGUUAUUGUAUUCGUGAUCUCUUUGGCUAAUCAUUCUUGUUUAAAAA